GGGCUUGUCUGCCGGGUACAACGACGGUGGGUGACUCGAUGAUGUAUCAACGGUAGGCUGUCGUCCGUCGGCUACCUGAUGCCGAGCCUUGGGCAACGGCCAGUAGCGAUGUGAGUGGUGAUGGGCAACGGCGGUAUAUUAAUACUUGCCGUUAUAGGAAGUGCGGACCUUUGGCGAGCAGAAGCGCGAUAUAGCCUGAACUCGCCAAGGUUGUCAAAACCUGCACACAAGUGUCCUGUUCGGGCUUUGGCCGAGAAGAUGCCGGAAACAGGUCGUCGUCAGGCUGGAAUGUACCCAGUAUAAGUAGUUCGGAGUGCUUGCGCCUGGUGGUGUACGCUGGACGACGAGAUGACCUGUGAGAGGCAAGCUCAAGCAGAUAUGAGCAGAUUGCAAAGAUAAAAACCUGAGCAAAGGGGUCGAGUGGCGGGCGCUGAUGCAGCCAGCAGAUUUGUCAACUGGCCGACUUUCCGCACAAUUGACGCAGUCGAUAGAGUCACCCUGCAACCUGUCGUUGUGGCAGCACGCUUUUGCGCAAGACUUUGGGGACUCGCGGAACUGCAGUCGACCGCGCCUUCCAUCUUCGAUCUGAUGCACCACCCAGCCAGCCAGCUCCACAGUAGCCAUUGGCAACCGAGAUACCUGUCCAACAUGUUGAAGUUUAUCUUUGUAGGCAUCGGAUCGAGGUCAGAGAGCAUCACCGGAGACGGCCCCUGUCCGGCACCUGCCGACCGUGUCCAUCAUCAUGGCUGUCUUUGUUCCCCAUCUUCCGUCAGUCUGGGCCUGUCAUUCUCGCGGCAGAAUUAGUCAUUGAAUGGGACCCGGGCACAUCUUCUCGGAAGAGUCUCGAAGUUGGAAGACAUGUCGUCGGGUGCUGACAACGCCAAGGCCAUCUACAAUUGAUGGGCGCUGUUUGUGGCUUGUAUUUUGACAGAGACGUUCUUGCGGCAGCCGGGGCCUUAUGCAGUUGAUUGGCACAGCGCGCCGCACAAAAGUCGCAGGCUUUGCUGCCGAACCGGGAAGUGUGAAAUCGGAAUCAGUGACGCAUGGGAUUGUUUGCCGUCCCGAUUAGCAUAUGGCUCACGGGACCUCGACGUCUUGAACUCAUGUUUCCAUUUCCAAGCCGGGUGCCAUAUCCGAAGCUGCGGUGGUGUGCUACCUUCCCGGUUCCGCAAGAUAACCUAUUUCUGCAUUCUGCCGAGCUAUCUUUACAAUUGCCAUGCGGUGAUGGGAUGAAACAUCAGGUUUGACGGAAAUGCAUCUGGAAAGCGAUGGUGUUCCCGGCGAUGAUUGUGGUGGAAUAUCAGACUGUUUCUAUUUCACAGGCACAGCAUCCAGGUAGAUUGUAUCCAUAUUGUCUUACCAUCACCAUCAUGCUGUGCUGUGAUAGUGAGGAGAGCAGAUGAUGCCCACUCCCCCGCAAAAUGGCAUUACCCCACAUCAAAAACGUGCCCCGCCUGACAGUGGACAACCGACAUGCCAAGAGAUGGGCGGGCCAGGGACAUCUUGUCUGGCACACAUUCCUGUCAACGACACAUCACCAUGAAGGCAUCUCCAUCUGAAGCAGCAACAGAUGAUUGAGGCCACAAAGGACAGAAUUGAAACUCUCUUCGUCAAGAUCAACGCGUCUCUUGGAUUUCCGCCCCAGUACAGUCACACGAGACCUCACAUUCGCCGCCGAGAUCACGUCAUUGACGCUAGAGUGCGACAUCGCAAGGUCUCCAACCAGUUGAACAUGGAUCGUUUGAUCUGUUCAGGACAGGCCGUUGUUAAUCCUAUCUCGUGGGUUCUUGUACAAAGAAAUCGUCCUAACAAAAGCAAAUUAUGCCUGGUCGGCUGUCGGUCAAAGAAGCCGAACAAUCACCAGCACCGACAGCCGACAUCGCCACGAGAUACAGACAUCUUGUCACGCAUAACCCCAACCCUGACUGUGCUGCAUUACAAACAACAUCCCCAAACCUCCAAGUGCCCCCACAUUUCCACCAAAUGCGGUUAGCUCACAAUCACGCAAUCGACAUCCAUCAACGCGAGCCUCGAAUCGCAGCAAGGGUCCAACACCCCAAAGACUGCUUUUACCAAAGAUUUUGGCUGUGAGAUGCGGCACUUAUGGGGAAGUUGCUCCGGCCGAGGAGAACGCACGAAGAGACCACCGGAGGCGUUGCCCCGGUCGUCGAGACUAGCACCGUCUCCUCCGGCUUCGAGAAGACCGUGCCCCUCAGCUCCAUCUCCGGCCCAACCUACGUGACGAGCCAGCUCCUCGUCCAGCAGGCUGCUUACAAGCUUUCCGACAAGAUCUUCUCCUUCUCCCCCGAGACCUUCGAUCUCGAUGCGGCCGUCAAGGACUGGUCGCAAGCCCAGGAGAAGAACAUCCAUGGCGAGACCACCACUGUUGUCCCUCUCCAGACCAGAGCCGGUGCCGGCACCUUUGCGCUUGGUUACAUCUUCUCCAAGGACUUUGACCUCAGCAAGAGGCGCAUUCCCCAGACCCUCCUUGCCCCCUCGCUGAGCCUCCGGCACUUGCGCGCGGCCUUGGACCAACUGUCUCUCCUCUACGGCGUCUCGAGUCCCUUCGUUGCCCACGUCGCCGCUGCCGACUACUCCAAUAGCGAUGGCCUCAUCACCGAGUACGAGAGCGCCCUUCAGCUGGCUGAGGACCUUGGUCUCGGUCUCGUCUCGACCUCCUCGGCUCAGGAGGUCCAGCACAUGGCUCUCUUCGCCACUCUCCUGGCUUCCCUUCUGCCUACCCUCCACGUCUACGACGGUCUCCGCACCGCCAGGGAGACUUUGAGGGUGGUGGAUGCGCUCAGCGAGUCCAGCAUUGCCGAGGUCUACAAGUGCAUCUCCCAGGAGGCUGGUGCCCUGAACAAGAGGUUGGACACCGCUGGCAAGGUUGUCGAGCUUUUGCGCCUGUUCAACAGCCAGCUCGGCACUUCGUAUGCUCCUUUCGAGUACCACGGUCACGAGGCCGCUGAGACUGUCCUUGUUGUCUUUGGCAGCGCCGAGGCUCAGCUUGCCAAGCAGGUCGUUGAUACUUUGGCUGCUCAGGGCCAGAAGGUUGGUGCUCUCAAUGUCCGCAUCUACCGCCCAUUCAUCGAGGAGGCUUUCCUCGAGGCCCUCCCGGAUUCGGUUCGCCAGAUUACCGUUCUUGGCCAAGUCCGUGAUGCUUCGGCUGUGGAGGAUGCCUCUGUCCAGUCUGCCCUCUACUCUGAUGUUCUGACUGCGGUCACCUUUGCCGAUAGAUGGUCGCAAGAGCCUGUUGUCGUUGAUUUCAAGUACCCUGCCUCCGCCGUCCACACCCCCAGCUCCAUCGCCACUGUUCUCAGCAAGAUCACCAGCAAAGACGAUCACGCCGAGGUCUCCUUGACCUUGAGCUCCCUUGAGCAGGCCCAGCAGUAUAUCUUCUGGGAUGUCGACAACUCCGAGGCCGUUGCCUCGGCUUCCGUCCUUGGCAGGCUCCUCUCUCGCGAGUCGUUCAACAACAUCUCGGUUCACGAGACUUACAACAGCCUCAUCCAGGGUGGUGUUGUCCGCACUGAGAUCAGGAGUUCCGAGAAGCCAGUCGAUGCUCCUUUCGCUGUCGAGGAGGCGGAUGUUGUUUUCGUUGGCGAGGAAAAGCUUCUCAAGGAGGUUGCUAUCGUCAAGAGUGUAAAGGCUGGCGGCAAGUUGGCCGUUCGUCUGCCCAACUUCAAGGUUGAGGAGAUCGAGAAGCGCAUCCCUGCCUCCGUCAGAAAGGAGAUCCAGGGGAAGAGUCUCCAGCUCUUUGCUCUUGACUCUUCCUUCUCCCCUGCUUUGGAGAACCGCGCCCAGCUUCUUGCCGAGCUUGCCUUCUUGCAGGUCGCUCGCCCUGACCUUGAGGCUGAGAAGCUCGUCAAGCUUGGUGGCCUCUCUGGCGACCAGGUCACUCUCGUUGAGGUUGCCGAUGCCCUCGCCCAAGCCCUUCACAAGGUUGAGGUUCCCGCUACCUGGGCUGAGGAGGACGCCACUGCCAUCUCUCUUGUAGAGGAGCUCAAGCCCACCAGCUUUGUUGCCUUUGACAAGGGGGAGACUGAGUCGGCUCUGCAGGUCAGCACCUGGCAGGAGAUUGCCAAGGGUCUUGCUUUCCAGGAGGCUUACGGCCUCAAGACUGAGCUUCGCCCUGAUCUCACCGUCAAGACCCACACCAUCCACGUCAAGGAGAACCGCAGACUCACUCCCCUCACCUACGAUCGCAACAUCUUCCACAUCGAGUUCGAUCUCGGCACCUCUGGCCUCACCUACAACAUCGGCGAGGCGCUCGGCAUCCACGCCGAUAACGACCCCAAGCAGGUCCAGGACUUCAUUGAGUGGUACGGUCUCAACGGUGAUGACCUUGUCCAGGUCCCCUCGCGCGAGAACCCGGCCGUCUUCGAGACUCGUACCAUCUACCAGUCUCUCCUCCAGAACAUCGACAUUCUCGGCAAGCCUCCCAAGCGCUUCUUCGAGUCCCUCGCCGAGUUCGCCACCGAUGAGGCUGAGAAGAAGAAGAUCGAGUUCCUCGGCAGCAAGGAGGGUGCCGAAGAGUUCAAGAAGCUCUCCGAGGUUGACACCGCCACCUACGUUGAUGUCUUCCAGACCUUCAAGUCGGCUCACCCAUCCUUCCCUGACCUUGUCCGCAUCGUCUCCCCUCUCAAGCGUAGAGAGUACUCCAUCGCGUCUGCUCAGGCCGUCACUCCCACUUCCGUUGCUCUGAUGAUUGUCGUCGUCGACUGGGUUGACAGCCAGGGCCGCACCCGCCAGGGUCAAGCCACGCGCUACCUCUCUGGUCUCAAGCCCGGCACCCCCGUCAUCGCCUCCGUCAAGCCCUCAGUCAUGAAGCUGCCGCCCAAAGACACGGCUCCCUUGAUCAUGGCCGGUCUCGGUACCGGUCUUGCUCCCUUCCGUGCCUUUGUCCAGUACCGCGCUAUGCAGAAGGCUCAGGGCAAGGAGAUUGGUUCCAUUCUCUUGUAUCUUGGUUCCCGUCACCGCAGAGAGGAGUACCUCUAUGGCGAGGAGUGGGAGGCGUACAUGGACGCCGGCGUGCUCACCCUCCUCGGCGCUGCCUUCUCUCGUGACCAGCCUGAAAAGAUCUACAUUCAGGAUCGCAUGAGGCAGACGAUGAGCGAUAUUGUCAAGGCUUAUAUUGAGGAGGAGGGAUCUUUCUACCUGUGUGGCCCUACUUGGCCGGUGCCGGAUGUUACUGCUGUGUUGGAGGAGGCGAUUGCUACUGAGGCUAAGCAAAGCGGGCGGAAGGUUGAUCCCAGGAAGGAGAUUGAGAGGCUGAAAGAGGACGGAAGGUAUGUGUUGGAGGUGUACUAAGUUGUCGUUUUUGGACAUGUCAUUUUAGCGAGGGUAGUUUUGGUAGAUACAAAAAAGCGUUGUUUAUUUUUGGUUUGCUUCAUCUUGGGAUAUCUUUCCCCCCUGAGUUGUUGAUGGAUGGUGUUGUUGCUGUUGAACGGUGCGGGGGAAUCUCCACUCGGUGGGCCAUGAUCUGCAGCUACCCCAACCCCGGAUAAUUGGUGGCCAAUGGUAUUACACAAAGAAGACGCGGAAGACGCCAGCCGGAGUGUGGGGUAAACCGGG